AGAGAAGAAGGAGAAGAAUUGAUGGAUCCUUCAUUAGAAUUCACAAAAGUCAUGAGCCUUGUGGCUGCCCUUGCCCUUUUCACUACAUUUGUCAUUCCACUUCCUGCUCAUGCUUCCCCUUGUAGAAGCCCAAGCCCUCCUCAAGUGGAAGUCCAGUCUUAGUAACCAUUCGGUUACUUCCCUCUCUUCGUGGACUCCCUCUCCUCAUCAUGCCACCAGUUCCAACUCGACCAUGAGUCCGUGUGCUUGGUAUGGCAUCUCUUGCAAUCAGGCAGGGAGCAUAAUCGGGAUAAAUCUCACCAGUGCUUAUGUUGAAGGUACGCUCGACAAAUUCCCAUUCUCAUCUUUGUCUCAUCUAACAUACAUGGACCUGGGUAUAAAUAGUCUCUCUGGCCAUAUUCCGCCUCAAAUCGGUCUCUUGAGCAAUCUCACCUAUCUUGACCUCUCUAUCAAUCGGUUCAUGGGGAAUAUACCCCCGGAGAUCGGCCAUCUAACGAAACUCAAGGUCAUGCACUUAGUUUCCAAUGAGUUAAAUGGAUCCAUUCCCCAAGAAAUCGGACAAUUGCAUUUGCUCAAUGAGGUUGCGCUAUAUUCGAACCAAUUGAAUGGACCCAUACCUUCCUCAUUAGGUAAUUUGAGCAAAUUGGCUAUACUGUAUGUCUACAACAACUCCCUUUCUGGUUCUAUUCCUCCUGAAAUGGGAAAUAUGACAAAUUUGGAAGUGCUCCACAUGGACAACAACUUCCUAACAGGACCAAUUCCUUCCACUUUGGGGAACUUAACCAAAUUGACAAAGCUGAACCUAUUUGCUAAUGAGCUUACUGGUUCCAUCCCACUGGAGCUAGGGAAUUUGAAUCGUCUUAAUGAGUUGAGCCUUAAUGAUAAUAAUCUUAUGGGUUCAAUCCCACCAACAUUAGGCAAUUUGAUGGAGCUUACCUCUCUUUAUCUCUACGGUAAUAACCUUUCCGGUCACAUUCCUAAUGAAAUGGGAAAUCUCCACGCUAUGCUUGACUUAGAGCUAAGUACAAAUCAGCUCACCGGCCCAAUUCCUUCUUCUUUGGGUAACUUGACCUACCUAACAUCUUUGUUUCUCCGUGACAAUCACCUUUUUGGUUCAAUUCCUAGAUCCUUAGGGGAUCUAGUGAACUUGGAGGUGUUGCAAUUGGAUACCAACCACUUAAGCGGCUUCUUACCAGAGAAUCUAUGCCAAAAUGGGUUGCUCCAAAACCUUACGGUGAGUGACAACAACUUAACUGGUUCUAUCCCUAUAAGCUUGAGAAAUUGCACAAGCUUAGUCAGAGCACGCUUUGAGGAAAACCAGCUCACUGGAAACAUAUCCGAGACCUUCGGUGUCUACCCCAACCUAACCUUUAUUGACAUGAGUUUCAACAAGUUCUAUGGAGAAAUCUCAACAAACUGGGGAAGUUGCAUGCGUUUAAGGGAUCUAAGAAUUGCGGGAAAUAACAUCACUGGUAGCUUGCCUCCAGAGAUUGGAAACGCAACUCAACUAGGGUGCAAUUGAUCUUUCCUUCAACAGCUUAGUUGGUGAGCUUCCGAAAGAAUUCGGAAAAUUGACUUCUUUGGUGAAUUUGAAUUUAAGUAGGAACCAACUUUCUGACCGAAUAAGUCCAGAUAUUGUGUUGCUACCUGGUCUUCAAAAAUUGGAUUUGUCAAGGAAUAGAUUAAGCAUGUCUAUCCCGCAGACUAUCGGGUUUUCUUCAAAAUUAAUCCACCUGGAUCUGAGCAACAACCAGUUGAGCCAAGAUAUUCCAGGCCAAUUAGGGAUGCUAACUCAUUUAUCCGAGCUAGACUUGAGUCAUAACUUGUUAAGCGGUGAGAUCCCAGCUCAAUUCAACAAGCUGGAAAGCCUAGUGAAACUCAACCUUUCACACAAUAAUCUUUCUGGCCUUAUAUACGAGACUUUCAAGGAUAUGCGAGGUUUGAUGGAGGUGGACAUCUCUCACAACAAGUUUGAGGGUCCCAUCCCCAACACCACCGCAUUCCAAAAUGCAACAAAAGAAGCGUUUGAAGGCAACAGCGGAUUGUGUGGAAAUGUUGGAGGACUUAAGCCAUGUAAUCAAGCAGUGGUGGAUAGGGAAAACUCUUCAACGGGAGGCAAGGUUAUUCUUAUUGCGUUUUCUCUGCUAGGAGUAGUGUUGUUUAUUUUCUUUGGAAUAUUCUUCAUUUUCCUUAGAAAGAAGUUCCAUCCAAAAGCGGACCUAUCAAGCAAGACAACUAAAGUCUUUUCUCUAUCAAAGUACGGUGGAAUGAUCUUAUAUGAAGACAUCAUAGAAUCCACUGGGGCUUUUGAUGAGAUUUUCUGUAUUGGAAGGGGAGGCUAUGGAAGUGUCUUCAAGGCCAAAUUAAGAUCAGGUGAUAUAGUAGCUGUAAAGAAGCUCUAUCAAACAGCUGAUAGUGGGCAAACAGAUCAAAAGGAAUUUUUGAAUGAGAUUAAGGCAUUGACAGAAAUUCGACACCGCAAUAUUGUGAAACUAGAGGGCUUUUGUUCGCAUCCACAACACUCAUUCUUGGUGUAUGAGUACUUUGACAGAGGAAGCUUGUCUACAAUCUUGAGCAAUGAAGAAGAAGCCAUGGAGUUGGAUUGGAACAAGAGGGUGAACAUAGUAAAAGGGGUGGCUCAUGCUCUAUCCUAUAUGCACCAUGAUUGUAUUUCUUCAAUCGUUCAUCGAGAUAUUUCGAGUAACAACAUUCUGCUUGAUUCGGAGUAUGUGGCGCAUGUUUCUGACUUUGGCACGGCUAAGCUUCUUAAGUUGGACACAUCAAACUGGAGUGCAGUCGUCGGCACAUAUGGUUACAUAGCUCCAGAGCUUGCUUACACAAUGAAGGUGACAGAGAAAUGCGAUGUGUAUAGCUUUGGAAUAGUAGCCAUCGAGGUGAUCAAAGGAAGACAUCCGGGUGAUAGUUUUUCAUCUCUAUUAGCUCCGGUCGGCAUGGAGAUCUCAGUAGUUUUGAAGAAUAUAUUGGAUUCACGCCUGCCAACGCCCAUGCCAGGCAUUGAGGAUGAACUUCUGACCAUCCUAAAGCUUGCAAUCGCUUGCAUAUCUGAUAAUCCCCAACUCAGGCCGUCAAUGAAAAUGAUUUCUCACGCCCUAUCAGCUCGUUCAACCAUUUUUGAUGGAGUUCAAAAAUCACAGAAGCCCACUGAUCCUGUGAGAGAUGCAACAAAUCCAAGCCGUACACUGGAUCACUUUGUAGAAGAUAUCGUCUGAUAAACGAUUUUGCUCUGUCAACCACAUGCAAGAAGGAGAAAUAUUUUGACCGGAAACAAGGGUACGUGUUUAGGCUACCAACAUGAGGAUGAGGACUACAAGUCGUUCAUGCCCAAGUAUAGAACAGCCUUUUCUUUUGGAAGGAGCAAAACCUGAACUUCCCGGCAUCUAGUUUCAUUUCUGGAGAGAACAGCUGAACUGGAGAUAUUCCAAACUGUUUCUGCAUCUAUUAAUAAUCAUACUAGUAUCGUCGCAGCGAAAGCUAUGUAUCCAUGUCUAGUUAGAGUUAUAAAAUAUGAAUUUCGUAUCAUUGUAAAGUUGCUUAUGUAUCUAGCGUUAUCAUCUUGAAAGCAGAGGGUCCAUGUAAAGU